UCUCAUACUUACCCCCAGUGCCACAUUGGCUGAAUAGCAAGUGCAGUAUGAGCGGCCCUCCUGCACCCACUGAGCUGGGGGGCACUAACACUGGGGCUAAUGGGGCUCAUUGUGUUACAGGUGACGUUCCAGGAGGUGGCGCUGUACUUCUCCCGGGGGGAGUGGGAGCGGCUGAGUGAGGAGCAGAAGGAGCUGUACCGGGAGGUGAUGUUGGACAAUUACCAGCUGGUUCUGUCGCUCUGUCGGCCUGAGAUCAUAUCCAGAAUUGUGCUGGGCCAGGAGCCGUGCAUCGGCAGCCGGAGCAGUAGCGCAGAAGGGGGGCCAGCCAAUGACAGGCUGCUGCCAACUGGGCCAGCUUCAGAACUGAGCCAAGAGAAGCGCCAGAGACGAUACCCGAGGGUGAACCCACUGCGCUGGCUGCAGAGAGGAGGGAAGAGGAGAAAGAAAUGGAGGCACAGGAGAAGCAGAGGAACCAGCGCCGAGUCCAACAAUGGCAGCACCUUGCCCCCUCGGAACCCAAGUCCCAGUGGGACGUAUUCAGAACAAAGUCGGGAAGUACAGAGGCCGGUGGAGGCCAUAAAGCAAUGUAUCUCAGCGGCACAACCCUCUGCCCCAGGGCCGGGCAUGACUUCUGGGCUCUACACAGGGCUCUGUAUGAGGAAGGAGGUCCAGGCAGGUCAGGAGAAGGCGGAGACAUCCACACCGGGCACACAUGGUUCUGGCGGUCUGAGUGCAGGAGCAGAAACUGAUGUAACGCUCUUCAGCGAAGGUCAGGGACUGUGCAGUGGGUCGGUCCCAUUGGCCCAAAUACGAGAAGAAGGUUCUGUUACAGCUGAUGGAGCCGAGUGUUCCAUGGGACCCAAAGAUAAGGGUGUCGGAAGGUGGAGGCACGAAGGCAAUAGUACCCAAGAGACGAGCUUUCCAAAUGUCACCCUGAGGGAAAGUGAGGAAGAAAGGGACAAUGUGGACAGGCCACUGAUGGUAGAACCUACCGAUAAGGCUGAUGGAGAAGAUGGACUUACCCCCAGAACCUACAAGCACAGACCAUGGUGCCACAAGCACAGGGAACAUAAGGUUGAUAAAACUGUCAAAAAUAGACUCUCGAGCUGCAGAGAGAAGCGCGUCACCUUCAAUGAGGUGGUCACCAUGGUUAUAUUUGAAGCUUGUGGUGGGAAUGUCUCUGUUAGACCCAGCGGCAGAAGGAGCAGAAGCCCACCCAUCAGAACUCUGGAACAGUGGACUCCCAUCACACAAAGCCAGCCGCGUGCCAGUGUGGGAGCAGCGCAAACGCAGAGAAGCUCACAGUCAUGGGGAGAUCAUCCGGCGGCGGCGGUGGGGGGGGAUGAACACCAAGAAGCUGAAACUCGGAGCCAAGAGACAAAGAGAGAGAAUAUAGAGAGAGAAGAAAGGGAAUGUUUAGCCCCAGAUUCGAGAGAAUGCAACUCAAACUGCUGUGGUCUAACCCUGAGCAACGGAACCCAAACUGCUCAACACCAUUAUGCCCACCAUGAUGUUCCGCCAGGAAGUGCCGGAGCCAAUGAGAAUUCACAUGAUGGGAAUGAUACUUGUGUUUCAGAACAGAGACAGCCCAGUGAAGCCUCGGGGCCUGGACAGAAAACGGAAACACAAAGACAUUUUGGUGUGAGCUCAGAGGUCCAAAGUGGUCACAUGAUCUCUCAGACUGUUUGCCCCAUGCGGAAUAAUGAGGUCUCUCAGAACCCUGGCAGCGCUCGUAACAUUGCAGAACACGUGGAGCCCUGGGCCCCCCCUGGUAAAUGCCCAGUCAGCAGCUCCAAUGACUUUAGGCUUGAUCUGAGUUCUUCCAGUGGGAAGAUCUCUCCUGUAGAAGGUCAACAAAUGGAGGCCAGAUCCACGGAUCAGUGUUUCUUAGACUCAACAUCAAAGCAAAAUGGCGCAGUGCCCAAUCCUGACCAAUGUAUAAAAGCAGGGGAGGAGUAUGGAGUCGGCUAUAAGCAUGCCGCCCAGCUUAGUGAGCACGUGACCCAUCAGAAGGAAUUCCAGGAGGCCACGUGCGCUUCUCCGGUGAAGAAAACAAGAUGUUCCUCAGAGCGGGAACCGUACAUGUGCAAAGUGUGUGGGAAGGUCUUCACUCGCCAUUCCACCCUCAUGCACCACCACAGCAUCCACACCGGGGAGAAGCCAUUUGUCUGCCAGCAAUGUGGCAAAUGCUUCCGGGACGCUAACAACCUGAAGGUGCACACGAGGUCCCACACCAAGGAGAAGCCCUACACUUGCCUGGAGUGCGGGAAGAGGUUUGGCCAGACGUCCUCCCUGGCGGUUCAUCAGAGGACACACACGGACGAACGGCCCUUUCACUGCACCGACUGCGGCAAAAGCUUCACCGAUCGUUCCACGCUCCUUCAGCACCAGAGGAUCCACACCGGGGAGAAACCCUUCUCCUGCUCCUUUUGUGGCAAAAGGUUUACUCAGCAGGCCCACAUUGGGCGGCACGAGAAGAUCCACACGGGGGAGAGACCCUUUGGGUGCACGGUGUGCGGGAAACGCUUCAUAGACCGCUCCAAGCUCAUCAAACACGAGCGAAUACACACGAGAGUAAAGGUCUGUUUUGGUGGCUCCUCAGAGGAGGAGGAGCUUAUCCCAAGGGACAUAACUAAAGCCAGAUCCCAGCUGGUAAAGCCAGAGAAUUUGGCAACUGAACAGCCAAUCAGAGCAGAGGCUGUACUGGGCCUGUGGGGGACAGAUAUUGAGGGCACCAAUACAGUAGAAAUGGGUCUCAUCUCUAAUGGUUCCAGAAAGCCCCCCAAUAAGCUCCAGCUGGAGACCCACAGGAAAAGCCACAGUGGGGCAAAACCCUAUGUGUGCAAGGACUGCGGGAAGGUCUUCAACUGGGCCUCCAAACUGGCCGAACACCAAGUCACCCACUCGGGAAAGAGGCCCUUCCCCUGCACGGAAUGUUGGCGGAGAUUCACCCGCAAGGAGCACCUCCUGAGGCACCGGAAGGUCCACACCGGGGAGAAACCAUUCACCUGCCCAGAAUGUGGGAAAAGCUUCAGCCGCAAGGAGCACCUGGUCAGGCACCGCGAGGCCAAGGCGGCCGUGGGUGGAGGCCAUAGCAACGGCACCGGGUCAGUACCAGAUAUUUCCAUCAUCAAACUGGAGGUGACGUCCGACAUAGAGGGGGAGGAGCCACCCCGUAGCGCCGAGGAACUCAGGGAUUCGCCAACAACUGCCCCAGAUACCCCCGUUGGGGCACAAUCUGGCAUUCUCACAGCCGGGGUCAAGCGGGAACCAGAGGAAGACCUGCUGUCUCUAGAGCCCAAUCUGCCCCCGGUCCCUGCCCCUGGCCCCACUCUAUUGCACCAUGAAAUAAGCGGCACCCAGUGCCUGAGUUAUUACAUAGAACAGCGCCCCCUAGAGGCCCCUCCCAGCAGGAUGAGGAGGAGCUCCCUGGGGAGGAAGAUGUACAUCUGCAUGCAGUGUGGCCGCGUCACCCCCAACAAGUCCAACUACCUGAGGCACCUGAGGACCCACACGGGGGAGAAACCCUAUACCUGCCCUGAGUGUGGGAGGAGCUACAUUCAGAGCUCGCAGCUGGCGUUGCACAUUCAAAUCCACAUGGGGGAGAAACCCUAUACCUGCCCUGAGUGUGGCAAAACCUUCAGCCACAGCUCCCAGCUCUGUACCCACCGCAAGAGCCACACGGGGGAGAAACCCUAUACCUGCCCUGAGUGUGGCAAAACCUUCAGCCACAGCUCCCAGCUCUGUACCCACCGCAAGAGCCACACGGGGGAGAAACCCUAUACCUGCCCUGAGUGUGGCAAAACCUUCAGCCACAGCUCCCAGCUCUGUACCCACCGCAAGAGCCACACGGGGGAGAAACCCUAUACCUGCCCUGAGUGUGGCAAAACCUUCAGCCACAGCUCCCAGCUCUGUACCCACCGCAAGAGCCACACGGGGGAGAAACCCUAUACCUGCCCUGAGUGUGGCAAAACCUUCAGCCACAGCUCCCAGCUCUGUACCCACCGCAAGAGCCACACGGGGGAGAAACCCUAUACCUGCCCUGAGUGUGGCAAAACCUUCAGCCGCAGCUCCCAGCUCUGUACCCACCGCAAGAGCCACACGGGGGAGAAACCCUAUACCUGCCCUGAGUGUGGCAAAACCUUCAGCCGCAGCUCCCAGCUCUGUACCCACCGCAAGAGCCACACGGGGGAGAAACCCUAUACCUGCCCUGAGUGUGGCAAAACCUUCAGCCGCAGCUCCCAGCUCUGUACCCACCGCAAGAGCCACACGGGGGAGAAACCAUUCAGCUGCCGGGAGUGUGGGAAGCGUUUCGGCCGCUACUCGCAGGCGCUGAUCCACUUGCGCAGCCACACGGGGGAGAAACCCUACGCCUGCCCCCAGUGCGCCAAAGCCUUCGGUGACAAGAAGCAUUUAACGAGACACCAGAUGUCCCACUCCGGUGAGAGACCCUUCCCCUGCCCCCGGUGCGGAAAGAGCUUUCGCCGGAAAGAGCACCUGAGCCGCCAUCAGAAAAUGAGGGGUCCCCACUGCUUCCUGAACCCCACAAAGGGUCGGCAGAAGAGAGAGUGGACGUGGCAUCUCCAUGCAAAGCCCAAGGCGCCGGGACCGGUGGUGGGUAAUGAGGUGGCGCCACUGUAUCUGGGAGGGGAGAACCUCAGGGACCCGUUGGGUGCCCCUCAGAUUAACCCUUUGCAGCUGCUGCCCCCCCAUUCAGUAGGUACCAGUAGGCAGGGCAGGAGUGCGGGGGUGAAGGCACUGGGCAGGGGCCACAAGCAGAAGAAGUGCCCGUUCCUGUGCCCGGCCUGCGGCAAAGGCUUCAGUAGCAAAUCCAACUACCAGCGCCAUUACAGAACCCACACGGGGGAGAAGCCCUUUAUCUGCCCCCAGUGUGGCAAGGGAUUUGCCCAAAGCUCCCAGCUUGGCACCCACCUGAGGAUCCACACGGGGGAGAAGCCUUACUGCUGCGCCGACUGUGCCAAGAGGUUUCGGCAGAACUCCCAGCUGGUUACCCACCGUAGGACCCACACCGGGGAGAAACCAUACACCUGCCCGGAGUGUGGGAGGAGCUUCACUCGAUACGCGCACUUUGCCACCCACCAGAGGAGCCACAAAGGGGGGACCCUGUACCCCUGUACUGAGUGCGGCAAGAGCUUCACCCGCAGCUCCUGGCUCGGCAAACACCAGAGAAGCCACAGCGGGGAGAGACCCUACGGCUGCUCCGAGUGCCCCAAGCGCUUCAACCAGAAGGAGCUCCUUGUCCGGCACCAGCGCUCCCAUACGGGCGAGAGGCCCUACCCCUGCCCCAACUGUGCCAAAGGCUUUAGUAGGAAGGAGCAUCUGCUGCGGCACCAGAGACUGGGGGGUCGGUGCUCCCACAAUGCCCAGGCCUGACCCCCUCUCUUUGCCUUAGCAACGGGGAGACCACCCCGACCCUCAAGUGCCCGGGGGGCCCAGUCCUAGGCCAAUGUUCUGCCUACUGGUUAUUGUUUCUUCUUAUUUCCCCUUUAAUCCCUAAAGCUGGCCGUAUACUGGCCAAUAAUAUCUGCCCACUCCCUACAGACAGAGCUGGCAGCUUAUUGGCCAGUGUUUGGGGCCCAAUGAUGGUUCUGGGCAGAUAUCAAUCCAGUGAAGAAAUGGUCCAAUAAGGAGUGUUGGUGCCUUGAUGCAGUCUUUGCCCAACAGGUCUCCAUAGACCCCACUGUAUCCCCUCUGGCCAAUGAUCAGAGCGGCUCAGUUCAGUGUGGGUGUGUGGGUAACCAAUCAGAGCCCAGAUCAGUUAUUUGGGGGCCGGAUGAGUGGAUCAGGCAGUGUAUGGGCAUGGGAAUGGGGUACUUGCUGAAUGCCGGGUUGGACUGGCGGGUAUGGGGGUGAGUUGGGUUAUGGGGCUCAGUACUGUUAGUUCUAUUGCCCCCAGACUUUGGGUGGUGCCACUUACAGUUUGGGGUGACGGCACAGUUUGGGGUGCCACUUACAGUUUGGGGUGACGGCACAGUUUGGGGUGCCACUUACAGUUUGGGGUGCCGGCACAGUUUGGGGUGCCACUUACAGUUUGGGGUGCCGGCACAGUUUGGGGUUACGGCACAGUUUGGGGUGACGGCACAGUUUGGGAUGCCACUUACAGUUUGGGGUGCCGGCACAGUUUGGGGUUACGGCACAGUUUGGGGUGACGGCACAGUUUGGGGUGCCACUUACAGUUUGGGGUGACGGCACAGUUUGGGGUGCCACUUACAGUUUGGCGUGACGGCACAGUUUGGGGUGCCACUUACAGUUUGGGGUGACGGCACAGUUUGGGGUGACACUUACAGUUUGGGGUGCCGGCACAGUUUGGGGUGACACUUACAGUUUGGGGUGCCGGCACAGUUUGAGGUGACACUUACAGUUUGGGGUGACGGCACAGUUUGGGGUGACGGCACAGUUUGGGGUGACGGCACAGUUUGGGGUGACGGCACAGUUUGGGGUGACAUAGUUUGGGGUGCCACUUACAGUUUGGGGUGCCACUUACAGUUUGGGGUGCCGGCACAGUUUGGGGUGCCGGCACAGUUUGGGGUGACACUUACAGUUUGGGGUGACGGCACAGUUUGGGGUGACACUUACAGUUUGGGGUGCCGGCACAGUUUGGGGUGCCACUUACAGUUUGGGGUGACGGCACAGUUUGGGGUGACACAGUUUGGGGUGACGGCACAGUUUGGGGUGCCACUUACAGUUUGGGGUUACGGCACAGUUUGGGGUUACGGCACAGUUUGGGGUGCCACUUACAGUUUGGGGUUACGGCACAGUUUGGGGUUACGGCACAGUUUGGGGUGCCACUUACAGUUUGGGGUGACGGCACAGUUUGGGAUGACACUUACAGUUUGGGGUGACGGCACAGUUUGGGGUGACACUUACAAUUUGGGGUGACGGCACAGUUUGGGGUGACACUUACAAUUUGGGGUGACGGCACAGUUUGGGGUGUCACUUACAGUUUGGGGUGACGGCACAGUUUGGGGUGCCACUUACAGUUUGGGGUGCCGGCCCAGUUUGUGCAUUGGGUUGGGGCUAAAGAAAUGGACCCACCCAGGGCCCCCCCGGAGGCUUUGUGUCCCCAAUAAACAUUGGCCCUGGUGAUGUACUGGUUUGGGUUUGUACUGAUCCUGAGGCAGCCGCUUGGGUUCAUUAGUGGCCCUGUAACUGGGAUAUAGAAUAGUCCCUGCCCCAAGAGCUUGCAGUCCAUGUAUAAUUAGGGUCCUGCCCCACUGACAGUCGGAAUGUUACCCACAAUGCCCUGGGGCUCCUUUGGAUUUGCCAUGCCGGCACAGAGCCAACAUUUCCCAGAAUGCUCAGUAAAAGGGGCGGAUUCCCAAACAAACCUGCGGGUUAUUUCCCAGUGAAUAAACGUGCGAGGGACACGGGCACUUGUGCAACACCAACGUUUCUGCACUUUGGAACCAAACAGGAGCAGCGGGUUCAUUGGUUCCUGAGCUUUGGGUGCAGGUUCCCUCGGGUGCCAAUUAAAGGGGAACUAACACCUGAGAAGGAAUAGAGUGACAGAUGUCAAGGGACUGUGCAGCCCAAGUCCCCCCCUCUUUCGUUGCCCCACAAGCUCUUUUCAGAACAAACAUUAAAUAUGGAAUUUAUCUCGGCA